AUGUCUGCUGCCAUCACCACUGUGUCUGCUGAAAAUUUUAGAAGACCUAUGACUGGUAAACUUACAUUACAAGCUGCAUGGCAAAUGGAACUUUAUCAUGCAAUACAUAGUUGUUUACCUGAUG